AUGAAAGAACCUAGCGAAUCGCUCCAAGCUCUCGUCGUGGCCACAACGAGAUUCUACCCACCGCAAGCCCUCGGCGGAGAAGAAUGGAAUGCCAUUGUGGCGACUGACUCCGCCAAGCUUGAUACCGGCAAAGUACCAUUCACCAAGGAGAGGAGGCCCAUGCCCACCGCGAAAAGGCUCGCAGAAGGCGCCACUGUCUGGCCCAGGAGGUGGAUUAUCUCCAAUUCAGUUAGCAUCCCACGUAGCGACAUAUCCACAGAUGAAAUGUCGUGA